UUUCACUCUCUCAGGUUCCCAUCAUUUCAAACUGUGUAGAGAAGGAGCAGGGUCCUAUUUCUGGUUUCAACAAAGUUAUGUACUAUUGUGCAUAGCCUAUUUCGAGGAUUUCGCGGGAAGUUUAGGCUUAUGAAGAUGGAAACAUUCUAGUAACUGUAUUUCAGUUGUGAAUUAAUUUAACGUUAUUCAGAACAACAGAAGAUGGACCACUUAUGGAGUUUAAUUGUGCUCCUGCAUAUCGCUCCAUUGACCUGGGCGUUCAAUCUAGACAUUCAUUUUCCCCGAGUAUUUAAGAACACUGAUGCGCAAUCCCGUUUUGGGUAUCGCGUGUGUCACUUUGGACCGGCGCGGGAUAAAAGUGUGUUAGUCACAGCACCGUUCCUGGCUAACGGCACCGGGGGGCUGUACUGGUGCUCCUAUGACAGUGGACAGUGUAAAGCAGUACCAGUUCAGGUGGAUCCAGGCAUUGCAUUUGGGCUGUCGCUAGCAUGCAGCACUGACAGAGUCAUGGUAUGUGGACCACAUCUGGUCCAUGCUUGCGACUCGUUCAACUACCUCAACGGACUGUGUGUCCAGCUGGAUUCACAGCUGACAGUUAUGCAGAAACUCAAGCCAGCCUAUCAAGACUGCCACGACUUUGGUCUAGAUGCUGUGAUUCUGUUUGACAGCUCUCAGAGCAUCAGUAAAAGCGAUUUUGAUACGAUGAUCACGUUUAUCAAAGAUAUAGUCCGAAUGUUCACUGAUACCAGUGUACAGGUAGCAGUGGCUCAGUAUUCUACCGACGCACACGCCGUCUUCCAUUUUCAGAACUUUGCAGUCGAUCGAAACCCGGAUAACUUGAUGAAGCUUGUUACCCACUCAGAGGGCAACACGUACACUCCCUCAGCUAUCCGCUACGUGCUUGAAAAAAUGCUGACAGAAGAACGAGGCAUGAGACGGAACUCCAGGAAACUGUUGGUUGUGAUAACGGACGGUAAAUCAAACGAUCCCAAAGAAUCUUUUGAAAAGGUUCUUCCGCUGGCAGAGGAGAGGGGAGUUGUCAGGAUUGCUGUUGGGGUAGGAAACCAGGUAUCUCCUCAGGAGCUCAGACAGGUGGCCUCGUCUCCUGAGGGCGUGUUUGAGACCAAAAGCUUUGAGGCUCUGAAAACCAUUCAGGUCCUAAUCAGAAAUCAGAUCUUCAACAUUGAAGGAGUCAGCACUGACAGCGCCAGGUCCUUUAAACAGGAGCUCUCACAAGGAGGGUUCAGUACAGCACUCUCUGGGGUUCGGUCUCAUCAUAUGUAUCCCUUUCUGCAGCAUAAGAUCUUCUCACCAACGUCUUUCUACAACCUUCGAUCUUAUCAUAUCUUUUUAGCAGCCUUAGAUCUUAUCCAGUGUCUUUCUACGACGUUCAAUCUCAUCAUGUACAACUCUUUGUCUCUCCCUACCAAGGGGGCGUCUGUGUUUGGGGCCCCAGGGUCAUACUCUUGGUCUGGAGGCAUGGUGGAGUCUAUCCAGGGAACCAACGACACCUUCAUCAACGCUUCUGCAGUGGAGGCCGACAUGAAGGACUCUUACCUGGGCUACUCUGUAGCGGUGGCCGUGAUGGAGGACGGCCUUGUGUACUUUUCUGGGGCCCCCAGGUACAAGCACACAGGCCUGGUCCUGGCCUUCCAGACGGACCCUGUCCUGGGACGGUGGACAGUCUCUCACAGGGUACAUGGAGUCCAGCUAGGCUCGUACUUCGGUGGCGAGCUGUGUGUUUUGCAGAGGCCUGGAGAGAGUGAUGCAGCCUUGCUGCUAGUAGGAGCCCCGUCCUUUCAUGAGCAGGGUGUGGGGGGGGAGGUGACAGUCUGCUCCCUAAGGCCCAGGGUCCUCAACUGCACCCACACACUGCGCGGGGCCGCUGGGAACGAGCUGGGCCGCUUCGGGGCGUCUCUGUCCCCCUGUCCCGACCUGAACGGAGACGGGCUGUUGGAGCUGGCCGUGGGGGCCCCUCUGGAGAACAGGGGCCGCGGAAGUCUGUAUGUCUUCCUGGGGCGACCGGGGGGGGGCCUCCAGACCAGAUACAGUCAGAGGAUCCAGGGGGUGAGGGGGGCCAGUGAGCUGAAGUUCUUUGGGCUGUCUGUGCACUCUGCUGGGGACGUGAACUCCGACGGCCUGGCUGACCUGGUGGUGGGGGCCAAGGGGGCUGCUGUCAUACUGAGGUCCCAGCCUGUGAUGCAGGUGCAGGUGUCGGUCUCUCUCGACCCGCCCCUCAUACCUCAGGACUACUUCCACUGUGCCGGCGCCUUGGCGCUCGACACCCCUGUCGCCACGGCGACGCUGUGCGUCACGGUGCGAGGCAUCCACACAGGGAGCAUCAAGGCACCUCUCCAAGCAUCAGUAGAGAUGUCUGUGGAGCUGGACUCCCAGAACAGGCCAGCUCGACUUCUGUUUUACCCCAGCGCCGACACCUCUCACUGGGCAGGCGAAGUCAACAGCACGGCCUGUCAUAACCUCUCCAUCAGCAUACCAGGUUGUAUCUCAGACUACCGUCCUGUGCUGCUGUCAGGCCGCCUGUCGGUGGAGGGACAAGAGGUCCCAGACACGGGGGGGCUGCGGUCUGUCCUCAGCCCAGACAGCCCCACCUCCUUUACACACAUGGUACUGCUGGAGAAGGUGUGUGGCGAAGACCACGUGUGCAUCCCUGACUUACAAGUGUCCGUCAACUUUACCAGCCCAGAGGUGGUCGUCGUCUCGGGGUUCCCGGUGGAGCUGGCGGUGGGUGUGGCCAACAGUGGCGAGGACGCCGGAGGGGUGGAGCUAACACUGACACACCCCUACUCCAUGACCUUCCUCCGAGCUAAGCAGUCUUUAGGUCAGGAAGCUGUUUGGUGUUUAUCCAACUCCACCGAGGUUGAAAAUGUCACCAUGACUACGUGUCACCUCAGUUCAGUCACUCUCCGACAGGGGUCAGAGAUGAAAGUGCUGAUGUCAUUUGAGGUUUCGGACCUCUCCUCUCGAACCCGUCUGUUGGCUGUGAAUGUGUCUGUUGGCGCGAAUGGUGAGGAACCGGACACUCUUCAUGAUAACUUUGGAAGCAGCUCAGUCGCUGUCAAGCUACCCAUCAACAUCAUCAUCCGAGGAGGCGACUCCACUCAGUUCAUCCGUCCACCAGAGACAACACUGAUUGAGCAUAUAUUUGUGGUGGAGAACGUGGGAGAUAUGGCCGCACCUGUGAACGCCACCUUCCUGCUUCCUGCUGAUCUGACCUCAGGCCACCGGUGGAGCGUGACUCUGUCAGAACCCAUCAGCAGGACAACGUGUGAGACAAGGCUGCUCUCAACAACAGACAAAGAAACCUUGGGGAACCAGAACUGUGGAGGAGUGACCUGUCUCCUGGCUGCUUGCACCAGUACCACAUUCAGUCAGCAGCACUCAAGAGUCUUCAGAUUUAUUGGCAAUGUCAGCCUAGAGGCAGAUGGCUCGGGGGGGCAGGUGGAGGUGAGGAGUCGGGGGGUGUUAUCGUUUGACCGGGCGGUCUACGCCCAGUACCCUGCCAACAGCUUCCAGACCCUCACAAUUGUGACUGUCCUGGACACGCCCCCCCCUUCCCGUGUGGCUCUCAUCGCCUCGGUCUCUGUUCUCUGUGCACUGCUGAUCCUGCUGGUGGUGUCUGGAGUUCUCUUCAAGAUGGGAUUUUUCACUCAUCAGGUGCCCCCUAGUGGUAAGGAGGAUGAUACAGCUGAACCAGCCCCUACUGGAGACCCCGACUCUCUAAGAGAGACGGUCCUGUAGCCCAGACCUCCAUCCCCCCUGAGGAACGGCCCCCUAGCCAGGACCUCUCCUCUCCCUGAAGCACCACCGCAGGAAAGGAUGGACUAGAAGUUCCUGCCGGAUGGAUUGUGAAAUUAGGUUCUCUCUUCACAUGGACCUUACUGACUUCCAUCUGCUAUUCCAACCAUGGAGUCUUGACAGACAUGUAACAAUUGUUUUGUCGAUUAAAACAAAAAUUCCAUCCACCCAUGGAAUAAAUUCCCAAAUUACAUGAAGGGUAA